AUGCGCAGACUCAACAGCCAAAAACCCGAUGGAAAGCUCCUAGAGGAAUUCAGGGCUACUUUCCCUCAUCUCCAGCAGCGUUCGCAUUCUCUUGCAGGCACGCCCGGCCACACGCUCGCAGAUGCGCUUGAUGUCGCGCACCCCUCCCGACAACUCGACCAUGAAGAUAUCAAAGAUCAAGAUCCAACUCCGCGCGGAAACACCGAACCGUGGAGGUUCACACCAUCACUGCUGGACCCGAACAGCUUCGCUUUCACCUCUUUCGCAAACCAACCUCCUGGUUACUACACGCCAACACCUGGCGGAACCAACACGCUCUAUCACAGCCAGGCCGGAGACCUCCACACCCCCGGCUUCAGCUUCGGUCUAGGAACUCCGCUAUCGCUUCCCACUUCCGAAGGUGCUCUCCACGCUGGUCAGGUCGCGCCUUCCACCCAUCUCCACGGCUUCAAUCCCCACGCCCUUGGGUCGCAUCACUUCCAGAAUGUCAAUCCUUUUGGCGUACAGCCUCAGCACUCCCAAUCCUUUGCACCGCAUCAGUUCACACAUCAACCUUCCGCAUUCGAUCAAGGCAACAUGGCGCAAAACCACGAAGACUCACCAAUGGACAAUAUGGUCCCGGAAGUGGAGAUGCAGGAGCAGUCACCUCUGAUCGGUUAUGCACCCCAUUCAUACGAGGGCAGCCUGGCAGCUGCAGUCGCACCAGCACCCCCUCCACCCAGUCAAAAUUUUCGCUACCACGUCACUCUGAAUGCUCCGACAGCCAUGAUCAAGCAGUCGGACGAGGUUCCUGUCACCUAUCUCAACAAAGGACAGGCUUACUCCAUCUCUCUUGUGGACACCGCACCUAUGCAAGCACCCUCUCCCUCGAUAAAGUACAGGACUUUUAUCCGCGUUUCUUUCGAGGACGAACAGCAGCGCCAGCGACCUGCGUCUUGUUGGCAACUGUGGAAAGAGGGCCGUGGAACCAACGAGGCGCACCAGCGUGGUGGGCGACUUCAAGCAGUUGAAUUCGUGGAUCCAAGUCAAGUUAGCGGCGGUGAGAUACAAGGACGACCCAGAGUUGAGCUCGAGUCUUCAUCGUUCGAUGGCUUCGUGGUCACAUGGACACCAACUCACAACGCUUCGCCGGAGUGCUCUUUGGCUGUGCGUUUCAACUUCCUCUCCACCGAUUUUAGCCACUCCAAGGGCGUCAAAGGCAUUCCCGUCCGGUUAUGUGCGAAGACGGAAAUGGUUAUGGAAGCUACCGGAUCAUCCCCCCAAAGACCGGAUGCUGAGCUCUGCUACUGCAAAGUGAAGCUUUUCCGCGACCACGGUGCCGAGCGGAAACUGUCCAACGACGUUGCACACGUCAAGAAGACUAUCGACAAGCUGAAGCAACAGAUUGCUCAAGUCGAAUCUGGCAUGAAGGAUUUCGGCAAGCGGAAGCGCAGUGGAUCAAUCUCCAAGGGCAGUGCCAGUCAACGUCCUGGAAAGGUGCCUAAACACAAGAGGACAUGGUCCAUGUCUUCAGCUAGCGACAACCAAGGAGGUCGUGCACCUGCUGAAGAAGAUCUUCACAUAAAACUGGCAUCGCUCCAAGACAUGUUCAGUUCCACUAGACCUGUCAGUGUUCUGUACCUCAAGGGCGAGGACCAGGAUGAUCCCGACCUCCACCCAGUGAUCCUAGGAGCUUCCCCUCAAGAACUCUCUAAGCUUGACACCAACGUGGAUGCGCCUAUGUGGGAGGCCCCAGAGUCGCAAACGGCAACGUCGUCUGUCGUAUCACCAACUCCGAGUUCUCAGUCUCUCCACUCAGAGAAGCGCCGGACUACCUCGUUCCAACGUCCGGUGCCCUUUCAGCCACCGUCACGCAUGUCCUCGAACGAAUGGCGGAAUAUGCCGCAAACAGCCACAGGCGAUCUCAAGGGCAUGGCUAGCAUCCAAGGCGGCGCAGAUGUUCCAACAAAGGUUCAACGGCCAUAUUCUGAUGAUCACGCGCUUUCUGGAUGGAUCGAAGCCCUCGGGGUUGAUCAAACCUACCAACCGCCUCCAGAGCCCAUGCUAAAGCCUGUCGCCUGCUUCUUCGUUCAGCCGCGCUUCGCCGGUCGGCAACCUGACGACAACUACUUCCGCGCUGUCUAUCUCAUGGAACGUACUGUGAAAGAGCUGGUCGCUAGUAUCGCAAUGAAGAUUAAGAUCGAGCCAACCAAGGUCACACGUACCAUCCGCAUCAACCAGAAAGGACUGCAGAUUUUGAUGGACGACGAUGCGGUCAACAGGAUCCCUGAGCAACAGGACAUGACCGCCGAAUUCCACGAGAUUGGCACACCACCAGUGCAUGGUAUGAAGCGCGAAUGGGAUGCGGGUCCUACAGACAUCCAAGUUGAUGGCGACAUCAGCGUUGCGGAAAACGUACAUUCGAGCGGCUACGAACUCCGUCUUCUCUUCUAG